AAAUAAUUGUUUCUUUUUAAUUUUAACAAUGUGUACACAUCAUAGUGAGGUAAACAACACGCGGUAGUUUUUUGUUGACAAAAAACAUACAGACUUGUUCAGAAUUCAUUUAUACCAUAAAAGUAGUACAAUGCAGGAAACAAAUUACACGUGCUAAUUAUUUAUCCAAUUAAGAAUAAUAUUAAGGAUCUGAAGAGAAACACAAAUAUAUUCAUCCUGGUUUUUUUUUUUUUUUAAUUAGAAAGGUAGGUACCUAAAAAUUAUUAAUUUAAUAUUGAAUGUAUUUUUUAUAUUUAACGAUUUAUUUAAAAAAAAAAAAAUUUACGCGGUUUAUUAAUGGAUACGUAAUCAUACUACAGAACAUCCGAACAUUUUUGGUUUUUUUUUCCUAAUAUAUCUUUGAUGUAAUUUAAGUGUUUUUCUAAUUUUUUUUUUUUUUUAAGUUCAUAUUAUAAUUUAUAUUGGUAUACAUUUUUAAACUCAAGUGCAACUAAAACAGGAUAACUAUACGCGUCUAAUGUUCAAUUUGAAUAUUUUAAAUUUUCGUAGUUUAGCAUUUUCCGUAAGAACACUAACUCAUUUAAAUUAUUUAACCAUAUUUUGAAAUUAUUAAGUGUUCUAAUUUUAAUCAAUAUAUUUUAACUCUGAUUAAAAACUGUUUAUAAAUGUUUAUUUAUAAUAUUACUUAGUAUAUAUAUAUUUUUUUUUUUUUUUUUUUUGUUCAAGAAUCUAUACUUAAACUUAAUGAAAAGAUAUUGUAUCUAUUCAAAGUGAAAAAUACGAUAAUGACCGACACGAAUUAUACGUCUAUACUUGAGUAUAUUUUAGAAAAAGUUAAUAAUAUUCAGGAAUUCAUUAAAAGCGAAGUCAAGUACGGUAAGCGAUACCUGUUAUUAUUUUUUAUAGAACUUAUAUAAAAUAUUCUAUUCUUGAUACAUUUUAUUAAAAUCUAAUAAUUUCGUAUUACUUGCAUAUUAUUAUGUAUUCAAUGAAAUUAUAAUUAUAUUUAAUCACAAGUAAUAGACAUCUGCGAUAAUUUUAGAUGAAGAAAUCGAUUCGUGGCCCUUCGUCAAACAUCCAUGGCCAGUAUUCACGAUACUUGUGGCGUACCUAUUGUUCGUAAUAAAAAUCGGCCCCAAAAUGAUGGAAAACCGGGAACCAUUUAACAUCACUAAUUUAAUAUUGAUUUUCAACUUCAUACAGUUCUCCUACAAUACAUUGCUCUGUCUCUGGGUGAGUUGACGUUUUAAUAUUUUACAGUUGUCACAUAAUAGCUUAUACCAGACAAUUUUUCUGGGGGAUUAGAUUUGAUUUAGAUUAUACCAAACACUAAAAACUAACUUAGAUAUUGUUAUAGUACAUACAUAAAAAAAAUUCAAGGUUAUCCAGGUUAUCCAAUGAGGUAAAACCUCUUAUCGGAAAUCAGGAGUACUUAACGAUUAAAAAACAAUUUGUAUGGUAAAAAUCAAAUAAAAAUAAAACAAAAAUAAUUAAAAUCAGCUAAGAUUAUAAUUCCGCUUGAAACUCCCGAGUACUAAAGUUUAUAUGUAUUCACCUAUAAAUAUGGAAUUUUCUUUUUAUUCGUCGAAAAAGAGCAAUGAAAAUUAAAAAAAAAAAACUCAAAUAAAAUAAAUAAUAAUUGUUCUUAAAAUCAAUAGUCAUAAUAAUUUAAACGUUUACCUUCGCAUAUUUCGAUAUUAAUUCGACGAACACAAACGCUAAAAUAAUAUGCUUAUGACAGGCAAAUAAUAAUUAUUCGUUUUCAGCUGCGUUCAAACGGUAUAAUUUCAAACCUAUAAUAACAAUUUUGUCAUGUCGUUAUUACCUACUUAUACAGUUUUCUGCAGGAUAGCUGAUGUUUCGUGUGCGCGCAUAACGAAAUUCAAAUAUACAAUAUAUUAUGUAUAUACUAAUUAAAAACGUUAAACGCCAUAAUAUUAAUAAUGUUAUGCAUAGUCCAGUAGAGUUCGUUUAGAUUUAAAGAUAAACACAUAUAAGGCGUUGGCCCACGACCGCCCAAAUAUUCAAUAACGGCUCACACAUUUUUUUUUCCAUCAUAAAAAUGUGUCAUAUAUUAUACCAAAAUAUUUUUAUAAAUUAAUAAAGUCGUCUCUAAAUAGUGGAUUCAAAUGAAAAAAAAUGUAAAUAAUUAAUGGUAGUAUAUUAGGUAUAAAUAAUUGAUCGUGUGGUUAGGUAGGCGGUACCAACAUUGUCGUUUAAUUAUUUUCACGGCUUACAGUAAAAAUAAUAAACGGUGAAAAUGUAACAACCAUGUUAAUAUUAUAAUUUCUGUACGUUUAUAAUAUAAUUUAUUUACCGAAGUACAAUACGUUUUUACAAAACGAGUAUAAUAGGUAUAUAUUAUACUUUGUAAUCAAAUUUAAAUUGGGCGUCCGUCCUUUCCGUCAAAAUGAAAAAUGUUUGAUUUUCUUUUUCGUUUAAUUAUAAGAAUUAUGAUGACGUUAAUAAUAAAAAAGAUAAAAGAAAGAAGAAAAAAAUAAUUUUUGGACAUCGCAGUGACUCCCGGAGAAAUCUGAAUGGUUCCCAAACUACAAUUUCGAUAGGUAGAAAGAGAUUUCUUGGAAACGAAAAUAAAAUUUUAAUGGAAACGAUGACCGUCUUAUGUAAAUAACUUUAAAAUCUAUAAUCGAUCCUUUAAGAAUUGAAAUUAAUUACCAUUAUUCACGAAUUUGAAUAAAGACAAUUGGUACAAUUCAAUAUUAGAACAAUUCAUAACAAUAGUAUUAUUCAGUCGUAUUAGGGCCUGAUUUGAAGAAAUAGAAGCCUUUUGCAAUACACACCUUAAGGCCUCUUUUAAAUUAAAAAAUAUUGAUCAAAAUUUAAAAAAAAAAAAAACAAUAUAUUUAUAAAAUGGAUUAAAUCAAAUAAAAGUAUAUCUAUAAACCACAAACAUUUUCUUGAGUAAUAAGAGAACGCAUUCGAGUUUUAUACGUAUAAGUUUGGGAAAUGAUAGAUACAGAAUAUAAUUAAAUACAAAAAUGUCACAUUUUUAUACAUAGUAAUAACUUAUUAAACACUCAAUCGUAUGUCUACUAAAAAUAUAAAAUACCUAUACUAAUACUAUAAAAUAUAAGUGUACUAUUUUUUUUCUAUAUAGAGUGGGACGGGGCCCUCGGAACCUGAAAACCUUGUGCUCGUAUACCACGUGCAUAUGCGUAAAUCAAAUCCUGUCGUAUAAUGAUAUAAUCAGAAUAAUCACAUAAGUCAUACAUUUUUUAUAAUUUCAGAUAAUUUUGACACCCGGAAUACCAUCAUUUAUAUAUACUCAUAUGUGUCAUAUAAGUGAAGAGACUCAACACGAAAAAUAUUUAAUAAAAUGCGUAAGUACAUACCUCUACGCAUUUAUGCUAAUGCCAAUAAACGCUUCGUAUUUUAAUAAUUAUUAUAGCAGUUCAAAUAUGUAUAAGAACGCAAUAUUAGUAAAACAAUGGAAUUAUAUUACCGAAAGAAUUAAAAAAUAAAUUAUUCGUUGAUUUGAUUCGUCCAGUAAUACUUUACGGUGCGAAAACACGACCACUAAGAAAAUUUGUCGUGAAAAAGUUCUUUUUUUAAAAAGAAAAAUCUUGCGGGAAAUCUUCGGGCAAACUAAGAAUGAAGAUAGUUGCGAGCAGGAAAGUUGAAAUAAUGCAGAGCUAAAAGCCUUAUUCCAAAUUACAAGCAUAUAAUUUUUAGUAUACGAAACAAGUAGACUAUUACAAUUGGCGGGAUAUGAUUGUAAGUAGGGUACGGAUUUAUAUGUAUUAAAAAUCCGUAAAAAAGCACUUAAAAAUAUUUAAAAAAAGCAAAAGUGGUAUACGAGUUUUAAAGUCCCCACUCUCACAGUUCUCCACCAAGUACAUUUUUCUAACACUGAAAAAUGAUUAACACAAAGCAUUUUAUUUUUAUAACACGUACAAAUUCAAUUGAAUAAAAUUAAUUUGAAAUAAACUUUUGUUUAGUGUUAAAAAAUGAUUUUAAUAAUUUAAAAACAAUAGAGGGGACAACUUUUAAACUCCUAUACUUUUAUUGCUUUUUUAAAUAUUUUUUAAAGCUUUUUAAACAUUUCUAAACGCUUUUUUGUGAAUUUUAAGUGUAUAUAAAUCUGUGUCCUAAUUAUAAGUUAUGGGAGUCAAAAUGGAUUAAUAAAACCGGGGAUGGAGUAGAAUUCGCGUGAAAAAACUACUAGGAAUGUCCAGAACGAGGUAGGAACUGGGAAGAUAAUGUACAAAUGUAUGUGGAACUACUAGGAGGAGGUUCAAACCAGAUAGAAAAAUAAUGGACCAAGAGGACGGACGAUCAGGGUUAAGAUUGUAUGGUCUUUAGUGGCCAAGGAACUUGAGAAGAAGAAAAAAAUGAAAUUUAUUAAUAUUAUUGAAGGGAUUUCAAUAAUUAUUUAUCAUCAAUUAAUAUUUUUACUCUUGUAGAAUGUUCACGGGUUUAGAUAAUGAACAUAAUGGCUUGAACUCUAUGUAGGUAUAUAGGUACAGUUACAGAUUAAACAUAAUGCUACAAAACAUAAAAUACCUAGUUGAGAAUUCGUAUUUACAGUUGAUUCAAAAGAAAAAACCGAACUUACGUAUACAGGGUGCUUUUUUUUAUUUUUAUUUUUUUUUAUCAUAAUUCAUAGACUAUCAUCGACAAUUUUAAUAAAAUCAAAAAUGUGUUCUCCGAGAGAAAAUAAAAAAAGCUUCUUCCUUCCACUUAGAAUCUAAAAAGAAAAAAACAAACAAACGAUAAACAAAUAGAGCACGAACGCAAUAUUAAUAUAUUAAAACUCCUAUUUGAUCGAUUACGUGACACCUUGUCACCCGUACGAAUUAUGUUCUUAUCCUGAUGUCUCUUCAGAAGGCGUGAUAUACACAGGGAUGGAUAUUAUGAUAAAAAGCACUCUAGUGGACUUAGUUUCGAAAUAAGUAGUAUCAGUAAAAAUCAGAUAUGAAACGCAACAUUAUUAAAUUACAAUCGUAUUUUAAUAUCAUAACAAUCUGAGAUUGAAAUGGUUCAAAUUAAAAUCAGUUUAUAUUAUCCAACCUAAAUGUACUUAUAUCACGAUAAUAUUUUAUGAUAUACAAUUCGGUGAAAUUGUCUUAGUUAAAAAAAAUCCCUUUAAAAUUGAAUUACUUUUAAUAUUUAAAUUCACGAGUGUACUUACAAACAAUGUAUACAUCAAAUCAAAAUUUGUAAGAAAUAAAGUAAUAAGUUUUAAUAAAUUUCACAUACCAGUCAAGGUAUUUUAAAAGUUCAUUUUUUUUCUCAAAUAUUUCCAUUUACAAUAUUGUGGCGAAACGCGAAUGCUCUGCAUCGAUGGCGUGAAGACCAGAGUUGGAUAAUUAAUUCGUAACACGUACCUAAUAUUUAAACGGUAGGUAGGUACUUUAGUUAUAAAUAAAGCUAGGUACUUAUAGGAGUUUGCAUAUUUUUCAAUAAUCAUUCAAAAUAUAAUUAAGUAGUAUAUUAAUUUGUUUUAUAAUUCUUAAAAUAUAAAGCAACUUGUUUUGUUUUACAUACUUAGCUUAUUUUCCAUAUAAGUGUAUAUUUUUUUCUAUUUGUAUUUUAAAUGCAUUUUUCAAAUAUUAUAAAAUAUUUAGUAUAACAUUUAAUGAAAUUGGAAAAAGUUAUCUAUUAAAAUAAUUUAUUAUUAUUAUUUUAUAUUUUUCAAAUUAUAAAUAAGUAUUCACCAUAUGUUUUCACCAGUUAUUUAUAUUUAUUUGAUAUUCAGAUACAUGUAAUGUCGGUUAAUACGGAAUACAAUAAAUUGAUGUUAUUUCAAAAAUAUUUAACAAAUUGUGUAUAAAGUAGUAACACAAUGCAAUUUUUCAUUUUGGUAAUAGUUAAAUAACUAUUAAAUUAACACAAUAUGCAUUUGCAUAUUGUGUUAAUGAUUGCAAUUUUUUGUUUGAAGGCAAAUUUAAAAAAAAAUGAAAGAUUAAGAAAAAAAAAAUAGACACAUUUUCAUUUUCAUUUUUUGGUUUUAAUAAAAAAAAUUAAAUAUUUUGAAGUGCAUAUUUAAGCGGUUUUGUAAAUUUUUAGAACGUAUUUAAUAAAUUUAUGGAGCUCAAGUUCAUGCAAUUUUAAGGUUUUUUAGGGCACAAAGAGUCUCUAACCCUGACUAUAAUAAUAAUGUAGGGAUCCAAAACUUGGCUGCCGAGGAAAAUAGAUGUACACAAAUUGUACUAACACUUUUGUUUAUUAUUAGAAUGAAAAGUAAAACGUAGGAAUUUCGGAAGAUCUUUGAACUAGUAGAAUCUAACAAAACCGCAGAGUGGAGACUAGAGCUUACGAUUUCACGUGUAUUUAAAAAAAGUGUAGUUAUACAUGAUUACAGAGCAAAGAUCUAGAGAAAAGGGCAGAUAAUAUUAUAUAGGCCAGUAAGUAUUGUCAAAAUUCAAUAAUUAUUAAUAAAUUGGAAAAUAAUAUGCCUAGAUUCGUCGCUUAGUGUAUUACAUACAUAUAAAUACACGAGUUUUAUAAAUACUCGUGUACCCGUAUACCUACAUGUGUACUUUAUAUACUUAUAGGAAAUCGUAAUUCAUAAUGGAGACAAAAGAAGUAUACAGAACUAUAGAUAACGCUCGAGAAUAGACUAGAGCAGAGGUUCUCAAACUUUUUUUUCCCCGAAGACCACGCGCCAAUUUGUCUGUUUUUCAUAGACACCUAAUAUUGAAUACGGAGCUACUCAUUUGAAUAAGAUUUAUUAUUGAGUGAAACGUUUUAAAAUAAAAAAGCGUGUAAAAUUGUAUUUUAUUCAUAUCUUUAUUUCUUUAAUAAUGACAAUAUUUAUUUAAUUUUUUAAUUAUUAAUUACACAAGUUAAAUGUAAUAAUGUAAAAAAAUAAAAAUUAUAUAUUUAAUGGGAAGGAUGAAUCUGAUUCUUUGGUAGUAAAUAAUUAUCAAUAUUUGGCAACCGUGCUAAAAUGAUACUCGUUUUACUUAAUAACUAUCAUAGACCAAUAUUUAUACCUCAUGCACCCCCAAUUUUCUUUUUCGUUUACAUGGACCCCUUGUAGGUUAGAAUCGACCCCAGGGGGUUGAUAUAGACUACUUUGGGAACCUCUGGACUAGAGAUUAUCAAAAAAGGAAGACUGCUAUGAGGUGGAUAUACAUGAAUAAAGCUAAUAUCCACUUUUAACCAGUAAUACUGGAUCAGAACCCAAUAAGGAAAAUAUCUAAGAUGACGCAAGAAUACAUAGUAGAAAAGAACGUGGACGUUUUUGAAUUAAAUGAACCGAAUCGGAUGAUUUUGGCGAUGCAUAAGAUAGCUGAAGGAUUAGUUGUGAGAUAGAAUGGUCUAGAAAACUAAGAAUAAGGUAUAAGUACCGAAAACGAAUAUUCUCCAUUUUCUCUCAUAUAGAAAAGUCUAUUGGUGUGGUUCUAUCCGUAUGUCAAUAAAACGAAGCAAGUUAAACCACAACCCUCCUCUCCCACCAUAAUGUAAAUCCCAGAAACAAAAGCUGAUUUUAAUAUUAGUUUUGGCUGUUUUCCGAAUUAGUUUUCGGUAUCAUAACUUUUUGCCCCACUCAUAAAUAUGUAUGUAAAAUGUAAAUAUUUUAUUUGUUCGAUGAAAAAUGAAAUUUAAUAAAAAAAAAAAGGACGGACAUACGUCGCACAUCGGCGCAGCCACUGUUGUAGAUGGGAAGUUGGGAAGAUAGGAUAUAGAUGGGAAUUUAAUGUAAAUCUAUAAGUAAUGAUAAAUUACUGCUCACGAGAAACGAUUGUGAGUGGAAUUCUUUGUCAACAAUAUAAAUGUCAUAUCAUGGUAAAAUAAUUACAACAAUGUGUGUUUCAAUGACAAAAAUGAUUGUUUAAAAAAGAUUUUUAAAAUUUUAAAAACUUAAUAAUAAUAAAAAGUAAGUAAAAACUGUUGCCAGUGACAACCUUAUUUUUAAUCUAUCAAUCUUUUUUAACCUAAAAAACCAUGUUAUCCUCAUCAUCUCGAAUAUUAAUUUGAAUUUCAAAAAAUGACUUUUUUAAAGUACCACUCAGAAAACAUUUUCUUUCAAAAAAGAUGCUGUACUUGAUAAUCGGAGUAAGUUUUCUGGUAGAAAAAGGUUUCCAUAAAAAAAAAAAACAUUAUUAAAUCAAUAUAUUCUUCGCUUAACUCAGAAUCUAAAAAAUUAAAAUUUCGUCGAUACGUUUGAAUAUCUACUAAAUGUGUCCGAUGAAUAACUGUAAUACUGUUUAUUAUUUUUACAGCUGCACACCGUUUCGUGGUUUUAUUUUAUAUCCAAGAUCAUUGAUUUACUGGACACGGUAAGCUUACUAAUCAAUUUUUACAUACAUUUUCAAAUAGUACACUGAUAAAAUCUUCUAUCCUAUCAAUCCAAAUAAUUAAUCAUUUUCGUUACAGGUUUUUUUUGUUUUGAGAAAAAAACAAUCUCACGUAUCAUUUUUGCACGUUUACCAUCAUACAAAAAUGGUGAUCUCGUGUUGGAUACACAUGCGAUUUUUCAAAAGUAAAUACACUGUGUUUGUGCAACAAUAUUAAAUUUAAUAAUUAAUAAACACCUACUUAAAUCACUCAUAUCAAUUCAUAAUAUGUAUGUAUACAGAAUAACUAAUAGAAAAAAAUAGAAAAUAAAUUUCAAACUUUCGAUACCUAAUAUUAUGCUAAGUUAAUCAACAAAAAAUAUAUGAAGGGUACUGAGAAUAAAAAACCAGAAAAGUCACUCCUUUUCAAACUGAGAAAAACAUGUUUUUAAUUUCAAAACGUAACAAUUUUUUUUUUUAAGGUGAAAAGUUCUGAUUAAGUUUAACGUUAUACUUUUAAACAACAAGACGAUAGUAUUAUAUUAUUAUAUUAUAUUAUAGCUAUGUAUUAACUCAACACUUAACUGGUUGUUAAUCGACUUACCUGUUUUUCUUUCCUGUAGACCUAAACUUCUGACGUUCAUUACUUUCGACUAAUCUUGUUUUUUGUGGGUUCAAUCGCUUAAAACAGUAGUGACCAACUAUGGCUCACGAUCGUUUAUUAAUAGGCCUACCAAAGUAUUAAAUCGAAAAUUAAAAAUAAAAAUAACUUCAAAUUUCAAAAAUUAACACUCACAUUAAAAUAAUAAAUGUUUAUACUUUACACUUUUUUUCUCAUUUAUAACAAUCAAUGCAUAAUAAAUAAUUAAAUAUAUCAUUUUACCUACAAUAAAAUAUAAUAUUCUAUUAACUUGAAAUUAAAAAUUUUAAUUCUUGGCCUGCCAAUAAUUGUUAUUAUUUGUAUGGCCCUCUGUAAAAAAAAGGUUGAUCACCACUGACAUAAAAGAUUCGGUACGUCAAUAUAAAUGAUUUGAUACCAAUUACGCCAUUUUGGGAAAAAAAGUAACUUUUCGGUUUUUUAAUUUUUCUCUGUACCCUUCAUAAUAUUAUAAUAUUAUCUUCUUAAAAUACUUAUUAAUACAAAUUCAGACUAUUUAAUGGCAAUAUUUCCUAAUAUUCAAGUAUGAUUUAUAUUUGUCUAUAAAUUGAUUAAAAAUAAACGAAAUAAAGUGAAAAAUGUAAUCAUUUAAACGAUGUAAACCACGGACUAUGACCGUAUUCAAACAAUAACCUUAUAUAACUGUACAUUUCACGAAUCGCUAAAACACUCGCAAACGCUUCAUCUAAUUGUUUUUUAUUAUAAUAGAAUAAUAUUAAAGUUUAAAUGUCUGUUAAAUCAAAAAGGGGGAAGGAUAAAAACAGAUUUUAUUUUUUUACUAAAUAUGUAUUUAUAUUGUUUUUUUUUUUUUUGUAUAUUUGAACAAACAGAAUAGUAUAUGGUAUCUAUUAAAUACCUAAAUGCAUAUAUCGAACAUUGAUUUUAAUUGUAUAUGAUAUUUAUAGGUGAACAGGCAGCUUACGGAGCGAUGCUCAACUCAAGCGUCCACAUAGCCAUGUACGGGUACUAUUUCUUAGCUGCUCUUGGACCAUACAUGCACAAAUAUCUUUGGUGGAAAGUUUAUGUAACGCGAAUACAAAUUGUGAGUACCUAUAUUAUUAUCUCCUAGUUACGGAUUUGCAUCAGAUCAUAAUAUGAUUAUUAUAAUUUUGAUAAUACGUAUUUUUCAGUCUCAACUAGUCAUCGCAGUGGUGUAUAUGGCGUAUCUAUACAAAUACGAUUGCACCAUGCCAAGAGCGUUGUCGGUUACCGUAAUCAUCGAUCUCUUCGCGUUUAUUUAUUUGUUCAUGAAUUUUUAUAAAGUCGCCUAUAACGCGGACAAAGUAACCGAAACGCAAAAACCGGACGAGAAAAAUAUUGUACAAACAAAAAUUAAAUCAUCAUAAGUGUCAUAAUGUUAGAUAAUUAUAAUAAUUUCUGUAUAAUACUCGAACGUUUUAUUUAUUUACAAUCACGUUUUUUUCGUUAUUUGAGUAUUUACUGCACAU